CCCCUUCACUCCCACAUGUGAUUCCUCUGAUCUCAUCCGUCUUUCCCAUCAUCCCCCUCUCCCUCCCUCCUCCCAUCAUCCCUCUCUCCCUCCCUUUACCCCCCUCCCUCUCCCCCCCCAGCGCUAGCUGGUCGUAGCUCCAGUAUCAUGGAGGCGGCCAGCGGUGCUGCAGCCGCGGCCGCCGGAGGAACCGGAACAACCGGAACAACCGGAGUAACCGGAGUAACCGGAGUAACCGGAGCAACGCCGGGGCUUCUGGGAGCCGCUUCGUCCUCCAGCGGCCAUGACGACAGGGGUCUGAGGGUUCGUCACCCGGAGUGUUGUCUCCUGGAGGACGAGGACGUGGUUCCUGAGCUGGCCUACAUCCAUCCCAGAGAGAGACCGGACUGGGAGGAGACCAUCAGCGCCAUGGCCAGGAGUGCAGAUAUCCCGGAGCUCAGGUCUGAUUCUCUCAUGAGGUCGAGCAGCAGCAGCUCAGCCAGUAUGAAGGUGAAGACGGUGAAGAAGCUCUGCUUCUCCAAGGCUCAUUUCCCCAAACUGGCAGAAUGUGCUCAUUUCCACUACGAGAACGUGGACUUUGGAACCAUUCAGCUCUCUCUGGGAGACGAGCAGAAUGAAAUAACCCGGAACGGGUUCGAGUCCAAGGAGCUGGUUUACCUGGUGAACAUUUACUGUCAGGGCCGCAGCUGGACCGUGCGGCGCAGCUACGAGGAUUUCCGGGUCCUGGACAAACACCUGCACCUUUGCAUUUACGACCGGCGCUUCUCCCAGCUAGCCGAGCUGCCGCGGCUAGACAACCUGGACGACCAAUCAGAGUCCGUCUCCCAGGUGCUGCUAGCUUACCUCGCGCGGCUGUCCGUCAUCGCUGACAACAAGAUCAACUGUGGGCCGGCCCUGACCUGGAUGGAGGUGGACAACAAGGGCAACCACCUGCUGGUCCACGAGGAGUCGUCCAUCAACGUUCCCGCCAUCGCGGCGGCUCACGUCAUCAAGCGCUACAUCGGCCAGGCGGCCGACGAGCUCUCCUUCGAGGUUGGAGACAUCGUGUCAGUGAUUGACAUGCCUCCCAAAGAAGACACAACGUGGUGGAGAGGAAAGCACGGAUUCCAGGUGGGCUUCUUCCCCAGCGAGUGUGUGGAACUCAUCAACGACAAGGUUCCCCAGUCCAUGAGCAACGCAGCCCCCAAGCCAGCCUCCCCCUGCUCCGGCCUGCAGCCCCCCCCGUCCUGGAGCCUGUUCCCCCCCUACCUGGAGUUGGACUCUGUCCUGCAGGAAACUGUAUGGGUGGCCGACCCGCUGAACCACUACAGCCUGAACUCAGUGUCCAGGAAGAACGGGAAGUUGAUCACGUUCCUUCGUUCCUUCAUGAAGUCCCGGCCGAGCAAACAGAAGCUGAAGCAGCGCGGCAUCCUGAAGGAGCGCGUGUUCGGCUGCGACCUGGGGGAACAUCUGCUGAACUCUGGAUACGAUGUCCCCCAGGUCCUAAAGAGCUGCACUGAGUUCAUCGAGAAACACGGCGUGGUGGACGGAAUCUACCGGCUCUCCGGGAUCGCCUCCAACAUCCAGAAGCUGCGACACGAGUUUGACUCGGAGCAGGUCCCCGAUCUCACCAAGGACGUUUACGUGCAGGACAUCCACUGUGUGGGAUCGUUGUGUAAACUUUACUUCAGGGAGCUGCCCAACCCGCUGCUCAGCUACCAGCUCUACGACAAGUUCUCGGAAGCCGUUUCCGCGGCGACGGAUGAGGAGCGACUCAUCAAGAUCCAUGACGUCAUCCAGCAGCUGCCCCCCCCCCAUUACAGGACCCUGGAGUUCCUGAUGCGGCACCUCUCCCGCCUGGCAGCGUUCAGCUACAUCACCAACAUGCACAGCAAGAACCUGGCCAUCGUGUGGGCCCCCAACCUGCUCAGGUCCAGACAGAUUGAGUCGGCCUGCUUCUCCGGUUCUGCUGCCUUCAUGGAGGUUCGGAUCCAGUCGGUGGUGGUGGAGUUUAUUCUGAACCACGUGGAGGUUCUGUUCAGCAGCAAGCUGAGCCUGCUGAUCCGGGACGGAGGUCCCCCCUCCCUGGCCCGGCCCAAGUCCCUGCUGGUCUCCACCCCCACCACGCGGCUGCUGAGCCUGGAGGAGGCCCAGGCCCGGACCCAGGCCCAGAUCAACUCCCCCGUCACCGACGACAGCAAGUACAUCGAGGUGGGGGAGGGGCCGGCGGCGCUGCAGGGCAAGUUCCACACGGUGAUCCAGUUCCCGGCCGAGAGGAAACGGGCUCCCAUCAAGUCCAGGAAGUCCCCGGUCGGUAGCUGGCGUUCCUUCUUCAACCUGGGGAUCAAGUCCUCGUCCGUCUCCAAGAGGAAGCUGCAGCGGAACCCGAGUGAGCCCAGCGAGCUGAAGGCGCUGGCGCUUCCUGGGGGUCGAGGCGAUACGGCGACGCUGCGGUCGGCCAAGAGCGAGGAGUCGCUGAGCUCCCUGCACAACGUGGAAGGUGAGUCCCGGCUGUUCCGUCCGCGGCGGCCGCGCAGCAGCAGCGACGCCCUGUCUGCGUCCUUCAACGGGGAUCUGCUGGACGGCCUGGAGGCCCUGAAGGCCCCCCCGGGGGGGGCCGAGGGGGACGACGGGGACGGGCCCCUCUGCAUCCCCGCCCUCAUCUCGCCCCCCCGCCCCGGGGCCGGCGAGGACGUGGACCUGAGCCCCCCCGACGUCGGCAUGGCGUCCCUGGACUUCGACCCCAUGUCCUUCCAGUGCAGCAGCGUCGGCCCCGACGCCCCUUUGGAGGGGGGGGCGGCCGAGUCCCCGCGGGGGCUGGAGGAGUCCCCGGGGACUCCCCCGGCCCCCCCGGGGACUCCGCCCCCCCCGGCGAAGGCCGGUGGCCUGAAACGGGGCGGUUCCUACGCCGAUAAACCCACGCAGGCCGUCCCCCCCAUCAAGAGUGGGGGGGCCCCUGAUGAGGAGACGGCCGACAGGGCCGCCCCGGGGGGGCCGGGGCGGCCCUCCACCCCCAAGGACCCGCCGGCCCUGGUGGACGAGCCGUCGCCGACGGAGACACUGCACUCCAAGAUGGCCGCCGUCGACGGCCCCCACGACCCCCCAGGGGCCUCGAUUCCCGACCCGUGGAAGGACCUGCCCCCCCGUCCCCUCGGCGCCCCCCCCCCUCCGCCCCCCAAGAGCGCUGCCCGCAUGCUGGCCCUGGUUUUGGCCGAGUCGGCCCUGCAGGCCCCCGACCCCCCCACGCCGGGGUCACCGGUGCCGUCGCAGGAGCCCGCGUCCCCCCAGGAUCCGGUCCGGCACCCCCAGGGCCCAGCUUGGCCCCCCCAGGACCAGAGCCGGCCCCCCCAGGUCUCAGCCUGGCCCCCCCAGGACCAGAGCCGGCCCCCCCAGGACCAGGGCCGGCCCCCCCAGGACCCGGGCCGGGCCCCCCAGGACCAGGGCCCAGCCUGGCCCCCCCAGGACCAGGGCCCAGCCUGGCCCCCCCAGGACCAGGGCCCAGCCUUGGCCCCCCAGGGGGGGCCCCUGGUACCCCAACACCCCGCCACAUCGGUCCCCGAGGCCCCCGGCUCCGUCACCAGGCCCCCGGACGCUGAAGCUCCGCCCCUGGCGGCCCCCCCCCCACCAACCAGCCCUCCCCGGACCCGUGUCCCACUUCCUGUUUCUACCAACCCGACGCCGUCAACCAGGACCGGUCCAGACCAGCAGCCCCCCCUCUCUGGACGGGUUCCUGCCCCCCCCAGCCCUUCAGGUGCUUCGGCCCCCCCGUCUGGUCACGGACGCAACGACGGGGAAGUCUCAUUCCAGCCUGCUCCCGAGGUGAGACCAGAGACUCCCGCUGCUCCUCCGGUCGUCCUAAAACCGCCAGAUCCCCCGCCGGCGGCCCAGAAACCCAAGCAGCAGGCGGUGUCUCCGACCCGCCAGCAGCAGAACCAGAACCAGCAGCAGCACCAGAACCAGAACCACCUCCCGGCACAUCCUCCCUCCCUGCUGCCCUCGCAGCCCCAGAACCGAACCCCCGUCUCCAAGGCCAGCGCCAGAGUCGCACCGACGUCCGCCGAGCCGCUGGAGAAGCCCUGGGAGGCCAUCAAACCGGUCCAGCCCUGUACCGGGUCUAAACCGGUCCAGCCCUGUACCGGAUCUAAACCGGUCCAGCCCUGCACCGGAUCCAAACACCACGACCCGUACGGACCCGGACCGCCGACGCCCCCCAUCCGGACCCUGGAGAGCAAGCUAGCGGCCGCCGUUCUCAGCCAGGCCGACGUUUCCUACCAGAUUCUGGACGAACCGGGCGGCCAUUUUCCUCUGUCUCCCUGUAAACCGUUAGCGCACCAGCCGGGCUACCUGUACCACGCUAACGCAGAGCUAGCCGAGCUGUACCACGCUAAAGCAGAGCUAGCCGAGCCUCAGCCGGCCUACCUGUACCACGCUAAAGCAGAGCUAGCCGAGCCUCAGCCGGCCUACCUGUACCACGCUAAAGCAGAGCUAGCCGAGCCUCAGCUAGCGGCGUGCUACCACCAGAGGCCGAUUCCCGUCGGCCCCCAGUCCUUCCCGCACCACUACCGACCCGACAACGUCUCGACUCACGCCUACGUGUGCAAGUCCGAGCCUCAGCUACCGUACCGCGCUAACCGCUACAGCACCUUGGGCCCCAGGAGCUACCAUCACUCCGUUAAGCUAGCAGGAAACCCCCAGGGCGUGUACGUAUCCGCCGGGCCGGGGCGCUACGACCGGAUCCACGGCUGCCCGACCAUCCGCCGGGUUCACUCGCUCCACGUCCCGCCAACGAUCCGCUCGACGCCGGUCCAGCGGACCGAGGUUCCCCCCGACGACGAGCUCUUCUUCUACCACCGGCCGGCGUAUCCGUGCUACCAGCAGCAGCCGCCGCCGCCGGCCGCGCAGGGCACCGACUACCACGUCACGCAGCUGCAGCCGUACUUCGAGAACGGCCGGGUCCAGUACCGCUACAGCCCGUACUCGGGUUCCGGCCCGGAGGAGGCCGACGCCUUCGCCACGAUCCGGGUCCGACACUUCCAGUCCUGCGGCGGCCGAGACGCCACCACCGCCGCCGGAGCCGGGCGGCCCGGCGGGAAGGCGACCGGCUACCACUACCUCGCCCGCUCCGUCCUGCCGCCCGGGAAGGAGCACAGCUUCGUCAGCAGGGACAUGCCGCCGGGUCGCCGGGGCAACGCCGCCGCUAACGCCGCCGCGGCUACGGGGUCGUACCUCACCUGGGACCCCAAGGAGGCCGAGCGGCUCCGGAUGCACUCGCUCCGCCGGGAGAGCCGCACGCGGCUGAAGGUCAAAGGUCACAUCCUCUCGCAGUACGACAACGUGGGCCCGUUCCCGCCGCUAUCGGGCUACGAGACGCUGCACCUGCGGAGCAAAUCCGACCCCGGCAAAGCUCUGCUGCUAGCGGGACACGACAGCAGACACGCCGACCCCGACGUCCUUGCGUUCACCGACCCCGACACGCUGCUCUACGGCGGCAAGGCCGACUCCCUCUCCAGGAAGUGCCCGUCGUCACACUCGGUUCCCGCCGGCCUGAGCCGCGGCGGCGGCUGCUACCAGCCGGACGGCUGCCGGCACGACGCCGGAGACGGCAGCAGAUCCAAACACCGGCAGGACUUCCAGAGGAACCUGCAGCCGCGCUACGACGGUCCGGACUCAGACGACCCGCCGGGCCGCUGCAAACCGGAGCGGUCGCAGAGUGUCCGGGAGGAAAACCGCUACGGCCAGAGCCAGCCGGACCCGGACCGGGACUACGCCUACCAGAAACCCGGCACCAAACCGGUUCAGUCCCACUACGAUAACCUGGACGAUUACCACCCUGGACCUCAGGCCCCGGUGCCCCUGGUACCCCAGCAGCACCAGCUGCCCCAGGGGGCCCUGGUACCCCUGGUACCCCCGGUUCCUGGACAGAAACAGGGAGGCCCCGGCUCGUACCCGGCCCCGGUACCAGCUAGCCUCAGCAGCAGAGCUUACUCCACGGCCCUCGGCCAGGGCGCCUUCAUCCAGACUGAGCUGGGCCUGCAGAGACUGGAGGCCCCGGUUCACACCGAGUGAAGGAUUAGGGGGGGUUAGCUUAGCCUAGCUUAGCGGUGGUGGAACAGCCUCUGGUGGUUAGCUUAGCCUAGCUUAGCUGCGGUGGAACAGACUGAGGGGGGUUGGCUUAGCUUUUAGCUUAGCAGUGGUGGAACAGACUGAGGGGGGUUGGCUUAGCUUUUAGCUUAGCAGUGGUGGAACAGACUGAGGGGGGUUAGCUUAGCCUAGCUUAGCCGCGCUGGAACAGCCUCUGCAGGGUUAGCUUAACCUAGCUUAGCCUAGCCUAGCUUUGCUGGAACAGCCUCUGCAGGGUUGGCUUAGCCUAGCCUAGCUUACAGCCUCUGCAGGGUUAGCCUAGCUUAGCCUAGCCUAGCUUACAGCCUCUGCAGGGUUAGCCUAGCCUAGUUUACAGCGCCUGCACGGUUAGCCUAGCCUAGUCUAGCUUACAGCCUCAGCAGGGUUAGCCUAGCCUAGCCUAGCUUACAACCUCUGCAGGGUUAGCCUAGCCUAGCCUAGCUUACAGCCUCGGCAGGGUUAGCCUAGCCUAGCUUAGCUGUAACAGCCUCUGGGGGUUAGCCUAGCCUAGCCUAGCUAGGCUGGAACAGCCUCUGGGGGUUAGCCUAGCCUAGCCUAGCUUACAGCCUCUGCAGGACAGGGACUGUUAAAUCCUCCAUAUUUUUUGCUCGUCUGUAUUUUUCAUGAAUUGUAAAGAAUAUUGUAAAAACUUGAUACAGGAAGUGAUGAAUGUACCCGAGUCCUCUGAUUGGUCGAGAGAGCAGCCAAUCGGGUGUUUGGUGAGAAAGACAGGAGGUUCUUUAACAGGAGCCGCAGAAAUGCUAACUAUAUAUGUAAACAGAUAAUUACUAGUUAAAGACU